GAGAGAAAGAGAGAAAGAGAGAAAGAGAAAGACAGAGAGAGAGAGAGAGAAAGAGAGAGAGAGAGAGAGAGAGAAACAGAUACAAAAAAAAGAAAAACGCGCGACGUGAACGACCACCGUGAGAAAUGAACGAGAGAGGGCGCAUUCAUCGUUGCAUGCUCGUCGGUCGGAUGAUUGUCACUCAGUCAGUGGUCAACCAUCGAAGUAAGGAUGCGCUGAAAAUCUCGCGCCACUGGUAUGAUGCUGUGAUGGGCAUUGGGACCGUCACGCCCGCAGAGCUUUCCGGGCGUGUGGAGAGAGGAUGCAUGGGCGUACAGGUGGAGAUGAUGCCCUUUGAUAUCACCGUCAAGAGUGGGGAUCAUUUAGAAAAUAAUAUUCGCCUGCAAGACGUGAUGUUCCUGACGGCCAUGCAAACUCCAGAAGAAUCAAGAAAUCAUGUGAUGGCUGCCGGCUACUGCCAGAACACACAGGCGUUGCUGGCUCUUGUUUUCGAGUUCGCUGACAAUGAACUCGCCAACCUUUUCAUCAAAGACUACCUUGCGUGUUGUAAGCUGGCGGUUACGCUCAGAGAGGACCCCAAGCCGAAGCUCCCUUCGCGCCCUGCGUCUGUCGCACUGCCCAAGCACCUGUCGCCGAGUGGGGGGCGUGAUGCCCCAGCUGAUUUUCAAGAGGAUCCCAGUGAGGCGGCCCACUCUGGAGUAUGGAGACCGCCCCUCCCUCCGAGAAAUAGUGCACAGCGCAAAGUUAAGCCCCCUCUACCUCCGCGAAAAAGUGUAGUCGAGCAGAUCUCGCCCAUUUCAGUCACAGUCAAACCACCUCCCCCUCCGAGAGGCAGUGGCAACCUUAGAAACUCCAGUCACAGAACAUCCAAAUCCCCCCCACCACUUCCUCCCAGAGCCAGCGAAAUGGGCAAGGACUGUGGCGUGGCUGCAACCUCCACAGGUUCCAGCUUCAAAUUACAGCUUAAGUCCCUUUCAAAGAAAGAACAAACGGGAGAAGAGGCACACAAGGGCCCAAACAAACCAAAGAAAAGGAUUUUCCCCUUCUGGAGAAAAAAUGUCCAAUAUGAAAAUGUAGUGUUACAGGUUGAGGAAAAGACUAACACGGAAAACAUUUAUGAUUCUCUCUCCGAUGAUAGUGAGUUUUCAGACCACGAACCCCUAGAUUUUUCAGAAGAUUUGUACGAAUCUCUUGGUCUAAACAUUGAGGAUUCUGAACGCAUCUUUGAGUAUGACACGGCUCAUCACGUUGAGGAUAAUACGAGCUCACAGGAGGAUUCCAUCAUUCAUUUCCUGAGAAAUGAAUACGACUACCUGAAUCAUUUACGUUGUAUAACAGAUGCAAGGGCAUUGUCACCACAGCUGCAUCAUCUUUUACACGGUGUAGAGGCAAUAGAACAUUUACACCAUGACUUGUACAGAGAACUACAAUCCUCGUACCACUCUUACUCAUCGAUCGCACAAACAUUCCUCUCUCGACGGAAACAGUUGGAGUCCUACAAAUAUCACUUAAUGAAUGGUCCUCUGAUCAAAGAGGUAUUGGCAAAGGUCCCGGAAUCCGACAUUAGAGAUCAUCCCGACCUGGAGGAAGCCCUGAGAACCUCGUGGAAAAGACCUCACUUCUAUUUCAUGAAUCUAGAAAAGUUUCUUUCUAGUGUCUCAAAAGACGACAGAGACAUCCUGCAAGAAGCCGUGACGAUGCUCAAGGAGUUGAAUCGCCUCGGAGACAGUGGCAUUAUCCUUGAUGCCGUAAAGGGUUGUCCUUUCAACCUGCAUAUUAAGGCACCGUUGCUACUCCACAGCUCCUUCAAGAUCAAAGGGCCAGGGAUGCAGAAGAAGCUUUACCGCGUCCUCCUUUUCGUCGAGAUGCUGGUCAUCAGCCUCCCAGAGGGUGGGGUCUACAGGUAUCAGUGUACCCUACGCAUGGACCAGCUACUCCCUAUCUGUCUGAAACCCGAACCCGCUGCGUCGUUUGCUGUGGUACUGAGAGAUGGAGAAAGGAAACCGAAGAGGUAUGUAUUCACAGCAACCAAUGAGAAUACGAAGCAGAAGUGGGAUGAUGAAAUAAGGAGGCUUACUAAUGACAUCGCAAGUGAAGUGAAAAGGGAAGCUGAAAAGCGCUUUGGUGCGAUGGCUGUGACGUGAGAUAUAUUGCUUUGCUUUUUUUGUAAAAUAAAAAUAUUUGUACUCACAUUUAAGGAUAUUCAAGGAGAUAUAUCAACAAGCUGUAAAACUUGAAAUGCUGAAUACCAUGGUCGCUAUAUGCGUUUUUAAAAUGAUUCAUCCAUUUGAAUUUGUAUUACAUGGGUUGUUCAUCUAGUCGCUACUCAUUACUCAUUAUCCAUUAAUGUAUCUGGCAAUGCAGUUCUCUCCUGAAUGUGUCUUAGCUUCCAGUGAUAUGCUUCACAACUUAGCUUAUGGUUCUUUUUGUGCAGUGGAAAUAUGUAAAUGAUUUCUGUGUAACAGUUUCUAGUUUCUUGUUUCUUAGUCCCCCUUACACAGUGUAUGAAUAAACGCCAAUGAUCAAAAUAGUUGCCAUAUUAAAAGGUAAAAAAUCCUGGAUUCUGGUAGAAUUAUCUUUUGAAGAAUGUGUCCCAUUCCUGUGCUAGGACCGUACUGCAGCUGAAAAUAUAAUUCUUUAAUAGUUACAGCCAUCUGGAAUUCCUUUUAGAAAACUCCUACGCCAUCCCUGUCCAACUCUUUCUGGCAUAAACUAAGUAUGACUCCUGCACCUUUCACGAAGUCACGAGUGGAAUGUCAGUUUCCAGAUUCAUGUACUUAUCUGUUUAUGAAACUACUGUAUGUUAUAUCAUACUGUAUAAUACUAGCAACAAAAUUAUUAUAUUUUG